AUGGAUGUGAAUGUAUGGAUGAUCAUGAUGAUGUUAAUGAUGUAUGUGCAAGGACUGUGUAUUGCUAUCCCUGGCCCUACCCUGAUAGACCUUGGAGAACGAGUACAGACUGACACUACGCACAUGGCAUUAGUAUUCACAGCCCGUUCUGUUGGUUACCUCCUCGGCGCUCUUGUUGGGGGAUUCCUUUUUGACAUAUUUGACAAACAACUGUUACUUUGUGUAACACUGUUUCUGGCCUCUCUUGCAACCUGUGUGAUUCCCUGGGCACUAACGUUGGUGGUGCUAGCUGUGAUGUUUUCCCUACAAGGCAUAGCGAUGGGUGUACUGGAUACAGGUGGGAAUGCUUUGUGUGUGAGAAUCUGGGGGAAGAGGAGUUCACCCUAUAUACAGGCCAUGCACUUCGCUUUUGGAAUUGGAGCUUUUAUUGCACCACUUCUGUCCCAGCCUUUUCUCCAUGAAGUUUCACUUGCCAACACCACCAACCCUAUCACGGACAGUAGCCAGUUAUUGAAAUUACUGAUAAAUAACAAAACAUCUUUACGAAUCAGGCGUGAGGAUUUCAAAAGUGAUCAGAAUUUGACAAAUUUUGUUAACGAGUCUUCAAGUUUUGUGAUGUCCCUUAAUACAAAUACUUCAAUGGAGAAUAACACUAGCAUGCCAACUUUACCCCCGAGUACCACCACCACCACCACCAUGAAAGCUAAAAAGCCAAAUGCCAGUGAUAGAAAUCUGAAUCCAGUUUGUGCUGAUGGCGGAUGUGCAAAGCAAAAAGAUGGUUCUUCUGCUAGUGAAAAAGAUGCUACACCUUCUCCUCCUACACCAUCUCCAGUCCAUGGGAAGUCAAGCACUACCUUAACACUGACUACAGUAAGUCAGGAUUCUGACAAACCUGUGAUUGAGAAUGACAACAGGUCAUCUGUUGUUAGUUCCAGUAAGGAAUCUACACCCAUUAUGUCAACUGCCACUUUGCUGCCUCUUGUCACUACAAAACGCACUUCAACUACUGUACCAACUACCACUCCUAAACCAACUACUACUACUGUGCCAACUACAACUCCUAAACCAACUACAACUCCUAAACCAACUACCACUCCUAAACCAACUACCACUCCUAAACCAACUACAACUACUGUGCCAACUACAACUCCUAAACCAACUACAACUCCUAAACCAACUACAACUCCUAUAUCAACUACAACUGCCAAAACGACUCCAACUUUUAAACCAACUACAACUCCUCCAUCAACUACUACUCCUGUAGACAUAGGUUGUUUUGCUUGUGAUGGGGUGAGUGCAAGUCAUCUUCAUAUAGACAUACAGGAAACAUCUAGUGUUAAUCAAUCCACUGUGACAGACAUCACUACGGUAUCCAUGGAGACAAGUACAACCAUGAAGCCUCAGACAGUUGGUGAUAUGUUUAACUCUAUGGUGCAGUCAGUCAAGAACAUGUCCAAGAUUCAAUUCUCCUAUACCAUUAUAGCAGCACUUUUGCUGGUGAAUGCAGUCAUCUUCCUGGUUCUAUUCUGUUAUGAUAAGGGCAAAGGGGAUCUGGACCUUCUCGCUCAGAGGGAGAAAGAAAACUAUGUCCAGAACUCCUGUGUACGACUUGUCAUACUCCUUGUCAUGUUUCUCUUCUUCCUGUCCUACAUUGGCAUGGAGACAACCUAUGGAGGUCUCAUCAUGACCUUCACUGUGGAGUAUAUGGACUGGAAUAAGAAUCAAGGAGCGAUUGUGACCGCCAUAUUCUGGGGUUCCCUGGCUGCUGGGCGAGGUUUUUCAAUCUUUAUAGCGGGGUGUUGUAAACCUCACUGCAUGCUCAUCAUUGACCUCUUCCUCAUCAUUGGUGGAGCCACAAUGCUAAGUUUUGUUGUAAAAAAGUACAGUUUUAUACUCUGGCUGGGGACAUUAUUCCUUGGUUUGGGGAUGUCCUCCAUAUUCCCUACAGGACUAGCCUGGACAGAACAGUAUUUCCGAAUGACUGGAAAGUCUACUGCAGUGCUAGUGACUGGUUCAGCUCUGGGACAAAUGAUAAUUCCUGUAGCUACAGGGUACACAUUUGACAAGAUUAACAAAAUGUACUUGAUGUAUGUUGUGUUAAUUCUGAGUGUAUUCUGUACAGUGCUUUUCAUAGUGAUGCAGUUACUGGCAUCCAAAUGUAGUAAGGCGUCCGUUUCGCAAAAUGGGUUUAUGCCUUUACGCAGCGAGGACAGUAUAGAAAUGGAUGGAAUGUCUUACGGUACCACUAAUGAGUCGACACGACGAAGACUUCUCCCAGCUUACAAUGAUGUGGAGUAUGAUCAACUACCACAAGAUGGUGAUUUUGAAUUAGAUUAAGUUUCCAAAAAUAAACUUAUCUUCUCGGAAGGGAUGAAACAUAUACUUAUCAACUUAUACA